UCAAAUACUUUGCCCAAAAACAAAGAUCAAAGUAGUCAAAAAUCGCAGUAUCCUUCGUGAGAAAGGACAGUGACAGGUUGGUAGUUCACUCAGCAUUAGUGUCUCUACUUGGAAAAGAAAAGCCGACUCGCACCCAUAACACUGUCCGAGUCCGACCCGACAGGAAAAAGAUUUCCAUAGCAAACUUUCUUCGAUUCCACCAUCAACCACCGCCUGCGUCCAUACACUCCUCUCCCCCGCGACUCCCCGCGCCUGAUUCGCCCUCUGUGUUUGUCUCUCUCUCUCUCUCUCACACACACACAAAACUUCGGUGCAGAAAGACAAAAGAAAGGGUUUUUCUGCGCGUUCAACUUGGUUCUGGAUCUGGGCACUUCAAUUUCCGGUGCAAACUGGCUAUGGACUACGAACCCUACGACAGUAGUGGAACUGAUGAUGAUCUUCCACCAGCACAUCAGAAUAGGAUUCCCAGAGGGGGACGUCUUGCUGGAAAUGGAAGAUCUGCUGUAGGUUCAAUUCCAUUCCCCAGGAUGUACCCGGAUGUUGAUAUGGAAGCUCAAAUUCAUCAACUUGAGCAGGAAGCAUACAGUUCAGUUCUACGAGCCUUUAAAGCUCAAGCUGAUGCCAUUACUUGGGAGAAGGAAAGUUUGAUAACAGAACUAAGAAAAGAACUGAGGUUAUCAAAUGAGGAACAUAGGGAACUUCUAGGCCGUGUUAAUGCAGAUGAUGUCAUACGAAGGAUAAGGGAGUGGAGACAGGGAGGAGGCCACCAACCUGGCCUGCUGAAUACUGGUCAAGCGAUUCAUGAUUCAAUUCCAAGCCCUACAGUCUCUGCCUCUCGUAACAAGAAGCAGAAGAUAACAGCAUCUGUUCCGUCACAAUCUUUUGGUGGACCUUCUCCUCCAUUUCACCCCCAACCAGUGGCGACACCUCACCAGCCCUCUUCAUCUGUGGGAAAACGUGGAUCUGUUCCUGGAGCUAAGGGCAAGAAGCAAAAACCUGGCCAGAUGGUACCUGGUGGAUCUUCAUUAAAGCUGCAGCCACCAACAGGACCAGGUGGAAGGAAUCCAUUGCCUAAUAGAGUUACUUCUGGUGCCGUCAUGGGUGAGCAUGCUGAGGGAGCAUCAUUUAAUUCAUUAAUUGGUAGGAGAGUGCGGACAAGAUGGCCAGAUGACAAUAACUUCUAUGAAGCUGUUAUUGCUGACUACAAUCCAACUGAUGGACGACAUAAUCUGGUUUAUGACAUGGGGAGUGCAAAUGAAACAUGGGAAUGGGUACAUCUCUCUGAGAUCUCUCCUGAAGAUAUACAAUGGGUAGGUGAGGAUCCUGGAAUAAAUCGUGGGGGUUUUGGCGGAUCCGGUCAAGGGAUACAUAGGUCUGUAGGACGUGAUAGUGUUCCAGGAGUAGCUGCAGGAAGAGGUAGAGGAGCCCCAAAGGGGCAAUCUAGGAAAGAUUUCCUGUCAACACAAAAUGGUAUUGGAAAAAAGGCCCCAGAGGAUAUACAAAUACUUCACACAGACACACUAGUUAAGGAGGUGGAGAGGGUAUUCAGUGCAAAUCAUCCGGAUGCACUUGAAAUUGAGAAAGCCAAGAAAGUGUUGAAGGAACAUGAACAAGCUCUAAUUGAUGCAAUUGCCAGACUGACAGAUCUUUCUGAUGGUGAAAGUGAUGUUCUUAACUUGUAUGCAGAUGAAGGUGGCCGCCAUUUCUCACAUGUUCAGUCGAUGGAUCGAGAAUGACAGAGGUGAGAGGCUGUUGCAGAACAACAGAUUAAGCACUGAGUUAACCAAAUUCAUGGAGUAGAGUGUCUUUCUCUUGUAGACUUGUACUAUGCCAUUAAAAAAAUGUCGCCGACAGAUGAUAGCUCUAGUUCUAGGCUUGUGUGUUUUGUGUAUUAGCCAUCAAGUAGGAUGGCAAUCAUGUAGUUUGGUAAUAAUUAUUGAUUAUUGGGGGGUUCCUAGGACCAGGCCUGCUUGUAUAAAACGUGUGAUAUUAUGAUUGUGUAUAAAUUCUUGUAUUUGUUGUGUCAAAUUAUCAGUCUAGUCUUAGAUUUUCCUUUCCCCUUGAA